UUAUAUAAACACCCGAGGCCAUUGAUGACCUCAGCUAUCAAAGCACUCGUGAGCAAACUUAAAUAUUCCAUUUGGGACGCAGGUCAUUAAGCCUCGCGCCACCCAAUAGGACCACGCGCCCUUCCUUCUACCUUUUCUUCAACUUUCGUCCUCCAAGUCAACCAUGCGUGAGGUUAUCUCAAUCCACAUUGGACAGGCCGGUAUCCAGGUCGGCAAUGCUUGCUGGGAGCUGUACUGCCUUGAGCAUGGUAUUCAGCCCGAUGGCCAAAUGCCCUCGGACAAGACUAUUGGCGGUGGCGACGAUGCCUUCAACACCUUCUUCUCGGAGACGGGCGCCGGCAAGCACGUUCCUCGCUGCAUUUUCCUGGACCUUGAGCCCACCGUCGUGGACGAGGUCCGCACGGGAACCUACCGCCAGCUGUUCCACCCUGAGCAGCUGAUCUCGGGCAAGGAGGAUGCCGCCAACAACUUCGCCCGUGGCCACUACACCAUCGGCAAGGAGAUUGUCGACCUGGCUCUGGACCGUAUCCGCAAGCUGGCCGACAACUGCACUGGUCUGCAGGGCUUCCUUGUGUUUAACGCCGUUGGUGGUGGCACUGGCUCUGGCCUGGGCUCUCUGCUGCUGGAGCGCUUGUCUGUCGACUACGGCAAGAAGUCCAAGCUGGGCUUCACCGUGUACCCCUCGCCCCAGGUGUCGACUGCCGUUGUUGAGCCGUACAACUCGGUGCUGUCCACCCACUCGCUGCUGGAGCACACCGAUGUCGCUGUGAUGCUUGACAACGAGGCCAUCUACGAUAUCUGCCGCCGCAGCCUGGACAUUGAGCGCCCGACGUACACCAACCUGAACCGCCUGAUCGCCCAGGUCAUCUCGUCGCUGACGGCAUCUCUGCGCUUCGAUGGCGCCCUGAACGUCGAUGUGACUGAGUUCCAGACCAACCUGGUGCCCUACCCACGCAUCCACUUCAUGCUCAGCUCGUACGCCCCCAUCAUCUCGGCUGAGAAGGCCUAUCACGAGCAGCUGUCGGUGGCUGAGAUCACCAACGCCGCCUUCGAGCCCGCCUCCAUGAUGGUCAAGUGCGACCCCCGUCACGGCAAGUACAUGGCUUGCUGCCUGAUGUACCGCGGUGACGUCGUGCCCAAGGAUGUGAACGCCGCUGUGGCCACCAUUAAGACCAAGCGCACCAUUCAGUUCGUCGACUGGUGCCCCACCGGCUUCAAGUGCGGUAUCAACUACCAGCCUCCUACCGUUGUGCCCGGUGGCGAUCUGGCCAAGGUUCAGCGCGCUGUCUGCAUGAUUUCGAACAGCACUGCUAUUGGCGAGAUCUUCAGCCGCCUGGACCAUAAGUUCGACCUCAUGUACGCCAAGCGUGCCUUCGUGCACUGGUAUGUCGGCGAGGGUAUGGAGGAGGGUGAGUUCUCUGAGGCACGUGAGGAUCUGGCGGCACUGGAGAAGGACUUCGAGGAGGUCGGUGCUGAGUCUGCUGAGGGCGCCGGCGAAGGAGAGGGCGAGGAGUACUAACUCAAUUCGCGACGCAAACAGCAUAUUGCGGUCUGAGCUUGUAACUGCCAAUUGCUGUG